UUUUUUUUUUCUGCAGACUGUGAAAGAACUCGAGAAAGCUAUUGUCUCCUCUCCAUUAGGAUUAAACCCCAAACUCGAUGGCCAACGUCUCGUCGCAUCUAUCCCUGCAUUGACCAAGGAGCAUAUUCAGGCAAUGUGCAAAAUUGUAACAAAGUCCAGUGAAGUUGUCAAACAAAGCAUUAGAAGAGCCAGGCAAAAGGCACUAGAGACGGUAAAGAAAGCUGGGUCGAGUCUACCAAAGGAUGAAGUGAAAAGACUGGAGAAGGAAGUGGAGGAGCUGACGAAGAAGUUUGUAAAGUCAGCAGAGGACAUGUGCAAAUCCAAAGAGAAAGAGAUCACCCAGGCCUGACUCAUCAUUUCUAUCCAUCACUAGCUGAACAAGUUAAUUUAAGCCUUGAACAAAAGUUUGUUUGCUCAUUCAUUACGAUGAUCUUGUUUUGAAUGUUGUUGGUUAUUUCAUUUUGAAUUGCAAA